AUGGUCGCUCUACGCCUUCUCACGCUGGCAGCGCUGGCCACAUGCGCGACGGCCAAAUGGAUCGUCCCAGGCGCUAGGUGGUUCGAUACCGACGGGAACAUUUUCAACGCUCACGCCGGCGGCCUCUGUGUCGACCAAGAUACCGGAAAGUUCUACUGGUUUGGCGAGUACAAGAGCGAGGGCCAGGUUGAAGGUGGCGGCAUCUCGGUAUACAGCUCGGAUGAUCUCGCAACAUGGAAGUCCCACGGAAUCGCACUCAAACCGGUGGAUGGACACCAAUGGAUUUCCCCGCAAAAUGUCAUCCAGCGACCCAAAGUGCUCUACAGCGAGGAAACGGGCAAAUACCACAUGUGGUGGCACGCGGACGAUUCCAAAUACACCAAACUCGUGCAAGGCUUCGCCACUGCAGACGACAUUGCUGGCCCGUACACGUUCCAAAAUGCCAUUGCACCUCUUGGAAAUUGGUCCCAGGACUUUGGAGCCUUUACCGACUACAAAACCGGCAAAUCAUACGCUCUGUAUUCCAACGGAGACAGCAAGCAAGGCCGCGACGUCUACAUCAGCCGCUUCAAUGAUAAUAUCACCGAUGUCGAGGAGGUUGUAUUCCGCUUCAACAAGUUUGAUCUCGAAGCCCCAACCAUCGUCCAAACUGACAAGAGCUACUAUGCCCUGAUGAGCCACAAGACUGGAUACCGACCCAACAAUGUCGUUGCAUUCCGCGCCGACUCGCUCAGUGGCCCAUGGUCCCAGCCUUUUUUCGUCUCCCCAAGUUAUACCCGCACAUUCAGCACUCAGUCCGGUUUCUCCUGGAGGAUCAAGGGCACGAAGAAGACAACGUACCUUUACAUGGGAGACCAAUGGGAUAGCGUCUCGCUCUGGGAGAGCCGUAACGUCUGGCUGCCGUUGGAAAUUGACGAGAAGAAAAAGAGUAUUGAGGUUCUCUGGCACGACGUCUACGACCUUAAUGUCAAAACUGGAGAAUGGAAGGCGAUAUCCGGAAAGACUUACUACUCCAAGAGCGCAAAGACAAAGGGAGAUGCCUAUCUCCAAGAGGCAAACUUUGGGAGCGACAAUGUGAUUGCAACUAGCAUCUAUGGCAAUGAUAGCACCAUCACCUUCGAUGUUACUGGCCAAGGAAAGGAUCAAUGGGUUUCAUUCUACCAUCAGAACAUCGACGACAUGGGCUAUGGAGAUCAACCCCAGGGUGCACCGGAUCGAAUCGGAGGAGCAUGGCAACUCCGUCGCAUCAGCAGCGUCGUGGUGAAUGGCGACACAGAAAACGUCCACACUCUCUACCAAAGGGAUACCCACAAGGGAAUCAUUAUUUCCAGCCCUCUGUUGCUGCCUCUCAAGAAGGGCAGGAACACUAUCACUGUCGGCGGCCUUAGCAACGGAGUCGACUACAAGGGAGCGGAUCUUGACAGGAUCGUUGUGUACCCCCCGGAGAAGUAG